AUGUUCGUCAACCACAUUUUCGCGGUCACGGCCACUGCCAUCUACUUCGGCAUCGCCAGCGCUGCCGGCAAUGGCGGGGUCGGCCUUCCGAAGCAUGCAGCGCUUGACGCGCGUGGCACAGACUCGACGACGACCACCGUCACCCUUACCGUCACCCAGACAGCUGCAGCCCACAGCGAACCCUGCGAGACCGUGACGGUUACUCAGACCCCGGGCUCUGUCCUCAGCAACAGCUCCAGCAGCACCACUAGCACCACUACGACCGUCACUCCGUCCUUCACCACCGAGACCAGCACCUCGACUACCACGGCCAGUUCGACCGUGCCGUUCACCUCGUCCGUGACCACCACCGUCCCCUCUGUUCCGGGCGGCGGCACCUCGUCGACGGCCACCACCACCACCCACUCGCACACCACCUCGGCCACGCCGAGCACGACAAGCAGCGUCAACGGCGCUGGCGGCAAGAAGCCUAACCUGCUCGGCGGCCUCUUUAUGGGCGGCGUGCUGGCGCUGGCCAUGGCCAUUGCUUGA